AUGACAACGUCGCCUAUUUCAUCAAGAGCAAAGAAAUGCAUUGAGCUCUUUGAUGAGCUGCUCGGGCUGCCUCGUAAGUCUGAUGCUCUAGACGGCGAAGAUGCCUGUGCUGCUGAAGCCGUGGACUGUCUUGGAAGAUUCAAGAUAUGGGCUGGCAAUAUAGGCGCUCUUCAGCGACCCGAGUCACAAAGUUCCCUUGAUUACAGAUUACGAGACGCGUCUAAGAUCGCAGCCCAAAUUGUGGACCUUCUUGACGAGUUGGCUGAGUCUAUUGAAGAUGUCGUCGAAGCACGUGAUCGAGAUCUCAAUAGUCACCUAGCUCCCAGUGUCACCGACAAAGAUGUUCCAACGCCCAGCGAUGACGAGCAAAUAUCCGAAAUUAAGGAGAUAUUCGAAUCAAUCACAGAUGCUAUCAAUAAUCUAUUUCGAUUGUCAAUGAUUAUUCGCAACAACACAAGUCGUGAUCGCUACGCCAAAGCAGCAGCCGCCGCUCUCAGUGUUCCAUUUGAUGACAAAUUUGAUAUCAGUCAUGUAGAACAUAAGUUUCCGGCUCUAAAGUCAAAAGGGAAAGAAUGGCUAGUCAUCCGUUUAGGGAAAUCCAUCACUCAGAGACGCCAAUAUCUUCGAUAUUGCCGGGAGCAUCACGAUAAGUUAUCACGAGAGCAUCCCAUAACCAGGCCAUCAAUCAUGGAACCCAGUGGAAUCAAGCUAGCAGAAGUCGCAGGAUUGACUGCCAAUGCACGGAGUGUCUAUUCGAAACCGACAAGCACCCUGGCUCCAACACAAGCUUCUACUUUACUUUUGACAUCUGAUCAGCUCCCAGAAGACGCGCCUCCAGAGGCUUCUCAAUCUCAGACAUCAUAUGCAACUUCUAACGAGGAAGAUAUGAGCAGUAGUAAACUCCGUGUAAUUGAAAUAGAAGAUGUCUCAAAAGGAGCCAGUCAUUUUGAGUGUCCCUAUUGUUGGCAAAUUCAAGCAAGCAAGAGUCAGAAGUCCUGGAAAAAACACGUUCUGUCCGAUCUCAAACCAUAUGUCUGCACAUACGAGAAGUGCGAGCUGAAGUUGUUCCCAGAUUACAAUACUUGGUUCUCACACGAACUCAGAGACCAUCGAAAACAGUGGCAUUGUUACUUUUGUUCACACAGCCCAUUUGAUUCUUUAAUGGUUUACCAAAAUCACCUCAAACACCGACAUCCUCUAUCAUUCGUUGAAGAGCAGUUACCCGCGCUCCUAGAAAUGAGUCAGAAACCCGUUGUCAAAAUCUCUCCCGCAGAUUGUCCCUUCUGUGAUGACUGGGAAAAGCUAUUGCGGGACGUGAACAAACAUAUUCCGUUGUCGGAAACACUGGUUGUCACUCCAACUCAGUUUAAACACCACGUCGGUGCUCAUAUGGAGCAAUUGGCCCUGUUUGCCAUUCCUCGCGGAUAUACCGAAGAUGGAGAAGCCGAUUCAGGAAAUGCGGCACAACACGCAGGCUCCGAAGGAUUAUCUCUUUCUCUCAGUACCCCAGAUUCAAAGGCUGCAAUGGAUCUGCGAGCAUGCGAGGACUUUUUAAUGAAGAUGAUGGACAACGGGUUACUCAAUGCGUACUUCAAGUAUCCAGCCCAAACCUGCCGCCCAACUCUGGAAGAAAUAUCGCAAGCCCUAGGAAGUGGCAGAUACAACGAUGCGGAAAGCUUCACCAAAGACUUCAGGCAGAUGUUUGACCAAUUCACUCAUGAUAUACGACGGAAGGAAUUCGCCAACAGUGCCUUCACGGAGGCCGAAGUGCUCGAAGAAAUGAAAGAAAUGAGAGUGGAGUUCAUAGCCUUUUGUCAUGAGAGACAAAUUCUAUCUUUAACUGCUCCGACUUCCCCCACAGAGCAGUGGAAGCGAUGGCGGGCAGAGCGAAUACCCGCAAAGAUAUACUCGCCUGAACUUGCCUCAAAUCAGCCUGGCAUUCUGGUGACCUGCAAAUUAGAUACUGGCCAAAUAAUCCAGGGAUGGUUUGAAAGCACUGCACUCGUGGAUGACGUGCUUGCGUUCGUCGAAUGUUAUGAGCUAUUACAUGAGAAACACAUUGAGCCUGGUCUAAAUGUCCAUCCAGCACCCGUUGGGUAUGAUCAUCAAUAUCAGUUUGGUUUUGUGAUAGAAGGCUCUAAAUUUCCAGUGGAAGACAGUCUGCUGACUCCCAAAAUGAAGUUGUCGGGGUUAUUCCAUAUUGCGACAAAUGGGGCGCUUCUCUUAGUCGUCCCAUCAUCACAGCUGACAACGCCAACGAAACGAGAGAAGAAAAAAUCGAACGCUUUGUCAAACCCCGAGCUGCCUUUGGCAACGGCUGUGGAUAAACCUUCAGAAGUUUCAAACCUACGCUUAACGAUAUUGGGUGUCAAGGGUCUUGGCCCGCAAGUUAGAGCCAUAGAUGUUCCUAAUGUUUUGGCGGCGAUCUCUAUCGACGAACAUGAGUUUGCAAGUACAGAUGUUCAUUCCGAUUUUUGGAAUCUAACCUGGGAUGAAACUUUCUAUUUCCGUGCCGAGGAAAGUUCUAAUGUAACAAUCAGUAUUAUUAAUGAAAGGAGUCCUAAGAAUCAAACCCAGGGACUUCUGGGCCUUGUUAGGUUUCGAGUUGGAGAUAUGAUCGAUCUGAGUGACAGCAGCCAAGAGAAAAAGUAUGCCCUUGACCUCGACACGACCGCGGGCUAUGAUAAUUUGGCUGCUGGUGCCCGGCUCUCUAUUGAACUUUCAACGAAUUUAGGCAUUCCACAACAACGUUCAGCAUAUGGACAGCCGCAGCCACUGCCGUUGCUACCUAUAAACAAACAUUCCACUGGUGGUGAUGUUGAGGAAGAGGAAGCUCCACUGUCUGCCUCUCGUGAAAAACCAAAAGGCGGCCUGCGAAAUCUUGUCUCAAAGGUAUUCAGGCCUCUAUCGUCGAGAUCUGAUUUGGGAAGUAUCGCAAGAAAUAAUCCCGGCGAUCAAUCUCAUGACGAGGAACCUGGGAAUGACACCAAAAACCUCCCACCCUCAGAUCCAGCUCCAGUCUUCAAUCGGCCCUUGAGGUUUGAAGAUCAGAAGCGGAGGUUAAUCGAGAGUUGCUUCUCCAAAAACCAGGAUGGCAUAGGUACAACUAUCCAGAUCUUAUUAGGAUCUCUGCUAACCUACAUGUUUCUAGUUGCAGAAUCUUAUAUCACCCACAUCAGAGUCACCGAGGAUGUUUUAUAUCCUGCCUCUCCACCUCCUCCCACUUCCAACCCUAAUAAUAUGAAAAAAUUUCGUCUCAUCGUUAUCACCGUACGACUCUCAGGUCGAGUACGUGUACACAAAGCAAGGGAAAAUGAUAAUGGGACCUUCUCCGUAGGCAAAACAUGGCAACUUGAUGAUUUAACAGCUAUCAAGUCCUUUGGAAUUAGUACAGCGGAGACUGGUUCAUCUCCAGAUCCAUCCCAGGACCUUCAAGAACUCCAAUACGCGAAGGAUGUGGGAUUCACUCUAGUAUUAGGCAAGCCAUACUAUUGGGAAGCAAACUCGGUAAAGGAGAAGCUAUUUUUUAUCGCAUCUCUUGUCAAGAUAUUUUCCAUUUAUAAUCCGGACAAAGUGCCAGAACUCACCGGAUUUGACUCCAGGGAGCGAGCACAGAUUUUGGGCGUUGCUGCACCUGCACCACCUCCUGCGCCGGGCCUUGAUGCUAAAGUACAAGAGGAGCUGAACAACAGAGGAUUCCGGGCUCAGAUUGCUCCCUUGCAAGCGUCGCUGAUUCGAGAGCUCAAAAUCAAAGAGGGUAGGGAAACCCUAAAGACUUUGAACACGAAGAACACGAAACAAACAAAGGAGACACGGCAGAAGGUGGAAAACGAGUUGAGAGAGUCAAACAGGAAUAUUGAAAUGUUGAGAAACCAAAUAUCAGACAUAUAUGGGUCGAUGAUAUCCUCCAAUCUCACUGCUUUAUCUACCAGCGCUACCUCAUCAGAUGAGUACGACUCCAAAGCCCAUUUGUAUCAAAGCGUUCUAGAAGGGUUAUGCUCUAUAUGCGGGAAAGAUCUGGAAGUUCACGGUGUGCAAACGGUGCCGUGUGAGCACAAGUUUCACCUCAAUUGUCUGGGUGCGUGGCAGAGAACCCAUGGACGCAAGUGUCCUCAAUGGUUAGUUUCCUGUUUCCGCGUUGUCUUCCAGAGAUACUGA